AUGUCCUUUAGAGAUGUCCUGGAGAGAGGAGAUGAAUUUUUAGAAUCAUAUCCAAGAAGAAACCCUAUAUGGAGGUUGCUUUCAUACAGCACAUCAUUACUGACUUUCGGUGUGUCAAAACUACUUCUCUUCACGUGCUAUAAUGUUAAGGUGAAUAAUUUUGAAAAACUUGAAACUGCAUUAGAACGCUCUAAGAGUGAAAAUAGAGGUCUUAUGACGGCAAUGAAUCAUAUGAGUAUGGUUGAUGAUCCGUUAGUUUGGGCAACACUGCCUUAUAAGCUAUUCACUUCUUUGGACAAUAUAAGAUGGUCCUUGGGCGCCCAUAAUAUUUGUUUUCAGAAUAGAUUUCUGUCCAACUUUUUUUCACUUGGCCAAGUCCUCUCCACGGAAAGAUUUGGGAUAGGGCCAUUCCAAGGUUCUAUAGACGCUUCGAUAAGAUUGUUGAGUCCUGACGACACUUUAGACUUAGAAUGGACUCCCCAUUCAGAGGGCUCUUGUUUGCUUAAGAAUACUAAAGAAAACUACGCUCCACCAAUAAUAAGGUCGAAACCGUCUUGGGUUCAUGUCUAUCCAGAGGGAUUUGUACUACAAUUAUAUCCGCCUUUUGAAAAUUCAAUGAGGUAUUUCAAAUGGGGUAUUACCAGAAUGAUUCUAGAAGCAACUAAACCGCCUAUUAUAGUACCAAUAUUUGCUACCGGGUUUGAAAAAAUAGCAUCCGAAGCAGCCACAGAUUCGAUGUUUAAACAAAUUUUACCGAGAAAUUUAGGCUCUGAAGUUAAUGUUACAAUCGGAGAUCCUUUAGAUGACGAUUUAAUUGAUAGGUACAGAAAAGAAUGGCAGCACUUGGUUAAGAAGUAUUACGAUCCCAAGAAUCCCAACGAUCUGUCUGACGAAUUGAAAUACGGCGAAGAAGCACAAAAUUUAAGAAGUAGGUUAGCCGCUGAACUAAGAUCUCAUGUUGCUGAAAUCAGGAAUGAAGUUCGCAAAUUACCACGUGAAGACCCUAGGUUCAAAUCCCCCUCAUGGUGGAGACAAUUUAACACCACGGAAGGAAAAUCCGACCCAGAUGUGAAAGUCAUAGGUGAAAAUUGGGCCAUAAGGAGAAUGCAAAGGUUUUUAACUCCAGAAAAUAAACCAAGGCGUAAAGAUGAUUAA